AUGCCUCGCCAUCUUUUGAAAAUCGGCGAAAAAUUCUUCCAUAGUAAGGGUAAACAUGGAAAAUGUUGUAUUUGCAAGUGCGGUCAAGAGAGAAGCGUAGCUUUCAAAAAUCAAGUUUAUUGCGAAUCGUGCUCUAUGCACAUAAAAGACCCAAUGCCAAAACUACGUUUUAAAAAUACUGAUGCAAAAUUCAAAUGUCCUAUUCAAAAAUGCAAGGCGGUCAAUUCAUUCAAAAAUUUUUGGCUUGGAAAAUGCUGCAAAGAAGCAGCAAAAUGGACUCCGGACUCAGAUUGCUACGAUGUUUUCAAAUAUGUACAAAUGAUCUACGAUCAGGCUCUUUGUGCAUAUAGAAUGGCUGAAAAGAGAUUUAAUUCUGCUCCGAAUGGUAAAAGAAAUGCCGCUUCGAAAAAUUUAAAAAAGUGGUUUGAAUCGAAAUGUUUUCUUGAGCAGCGCCUUGUUUACCUGUUUGAAAAAUCAUUCGACCGAUCUAUAAUGAAUAUUCAGUUAGAGCGUUCUGCAGAAUCUAAGACUGAUGACUGGAAUCCGGACAAUAUGUGUCAAAUUUGCUACCAUGAUUACAACGAAGAAAAACACCGAAGAUCUGCACUUCCUUGUGGCCUAGCGCUGAAAAUCAACCCCUUCGCGGCAGAUUUUGAAAAGUCCGAUUGUCGACUAAGAAUAAUGUACUUUCAAGUCGUUUGCUGGUGCUCUACUGCUUGGGUUUACAGUUUUUACAGACUGACAUCUGGAAAACCAACUCGCCGGAGAAAUAUCCUGCGGCGAUGUACGAUCCGCCCUGUGGGAAGAGCCUCGGCAGGAAGAUCUACUCUUGUUCGUUCGGAAACUUUCUGGUCGGAGUUUUAA